AUGGAAGAAGAGAGACAGAGGGAUGAGGUGGAUGCUGUGUCUCUGGAUGCCACUCACGCAUUCAUAGCUGGGAAAUGUGGCCUUGUCCCUGUUGUGACUGAAUAUUAUGGAGAGAAAUGUGAGAAUCCUGAAGGAGUUGGAGGCCAUUUUGAAAGUGAUGAAUUACCAUCAGUGUAUGGUGUGGCAGUUGUACGUCGGACAAGUAGGAGUUUAUAUUUUGGAAGUCUGGGCGGCAGACGCUCCUGCCACAGUCACAUGUACAGCCCUGCUGGCUGGGUUUUACCUGUGAGACACACACUCAGCACAGAGCACACCAGCAGUGCCCCAUGUCAGCCAAAUAAUGGUUGUUUGCCAGGAGGUCAAGGCAAUCUCUGUAAGGUGUGUAUGGGUGGGACUGAGGAAGCUGACAACCAUAAUGAGCGUUACUAUGGCAAUAUGGGUGCAUUAAGGUGCUUGGUUGGAGACCCCAGUGGGAAGAGCUUCGGAGACGUGGCGUUCAUGGAACACCACAGUCUAGAGAGCAACAUCGAACGUCUAAACACCAGUGGCUGGGCAGAGGGUUGGCUCGCUUGGUAUACUUUGAGUUGCUUUGUGGGGAUGGCAGCCGGGCUCCUCUGACAGAGUGGAAGACCUGUAACUUAGGAGCAAUCCCUUCAAAUAUUGUUAUGACACAUCCUGUUCUUACAGCUCGCAUUUAUGACCUCUUGAAGUCACAGGAAACCAUAGCAGCUCGUCCAGAUUCUGGGUUCCACCUGUUUGAGUCUCAGCAGUAUGGAGAGAGUGACCUGCUCUUUAAAGAUGCUACAAGGUGCCUCGUUCACACCAGUCACAUGGACUACCGCACCAUAUUGGGAGAAGAGUUCUAUUCACAGGCUGAGAGCAUCUUUAACUGCACACACUCAAAUAUCUUGCAGUUCUACAAUCAAGAUGUGUGCAGCAUAUUCUAAACAAACUCUAUGAUUUUUUUUGACAAUGUUAAAAAGAAGCAUGGAAAAUACACCAUAAUUAUGUCAUUACUGACAUAAAAUAAAAUACUCUCUUAAGAUAUAUUUUAUGUCUGUGAGUGCAGUACCGGAGAGUUUAUUAGUUUCAUCAAAGAACACUGCUGAAGAUGUGUAAACGAGCCAAAAAGCGAGGACCUUCACUAAACUACAUUUACCAUCAUGCACCUGUGUAACAACACGGAAGUUCUUGUUGUAAUGACCGCUACUACAGUUACUGUACUAAUGUUUACGAAAUACAAGACUUUUGGUGUCGAGGAUUUUAUAAAUACAGGUAAGUUAUUAAAGUAAUGUAAUUGCUUGUACAUUUGAAAUAUUUGUUUUAAGUGUAUAUAUUUACACGAGGCAUAAUAUCCACGGCAUGUUUAUUAGUGUCCUAGCUUACUUGACAUUUGAAUCAAGUUAUACAAUGAGAUGGUCACAUUCCACCUUCA